AUGACUCGGAACUCGGACCUGGAGAAGAACAGUCACGCUGCGUACGCAGACCUCGAGUCUCCGGGAGACCCGAGCCAGCACCUGCAGCACCUGACACCAGUGGAAAGCGUAUCGUACGUGAUCAAGAGUCAAUUCACCAAGGAGAUGAUGGCCAAGUUCCUCGCUACUUUUGUCACCAUGCUCUUCGGUCUGUCGUGCAUGACUCAGGUGGUGCUAAGCUGCAAGACCAGUGGCAAUUUCGUGACCAUCGCACUGUGUUGGGGUCUCGCCUUCUUCUUCGGUAUCACCGUCGGCGGCGGUAUCUCCGGUGCACACCUGAACCCGGCAGUAACCACAACACUGGCACUCCUCAAAUUAUUGCCCUGGAAGAAGGUACCGUUCUACAUCCUCAACCAGGUCGUCGCUGCGUACGUGGCUGCGCUCUUCGUGUACAUCCUGUACCGACCGAUGUUCAACGAGGUUGACCCGGACCGGGUGGCAACGCACACCAUCUUCGCGACGUUUCCGCACGAGAACGUUGGCAACUUCACGUGCUUCUUGACGGAGUUCGUGGCCACGGCACUGCUGAUCCUGGGCAUCCUUGCACUACUGGACCAGCACAACCGUCCUAUCGGCAAACACGCCGUAACGCCUGCUGUCGGAGCGUUGGUCAUCCGACCGUCAAAUGUAAAGUAA